AUGGAUGUUGAGUCCGGCGUUCGAGUACUGGCAGAGCGGCCUGCCGACGACUUCGAACCCACCGAUGAGGAAGUGAAAAACUACGCAGAGUGGCUAGGGUUGGAUCCCAAGGAAGACACGGACUUGAUGUACCUGGCCAAGGAGGGAUUGAAGGCCCCUCUGAAAGAUGGCUGGAAGCCGUGCACCAACUCAGACAACGAGAUUUUCUACUUCAACUUCAUGACAGGUCAGACCUCUUGGACUCAUCCAGCUGAUGAGGCUUACAGGAGCAUGGUUCAGGAAAAGAAGCGGGCGCGAGGACAAGCAGUGGGCGUGCCCGUUGUGCACGCUCCUUACAGUGGAGUCGGUCACAUUCCCAUAGAGGGGCAGGCUGCGGGCUUUUGUGGUCUGGCUCGGCGGAUAUUGUUUUGCUGCCGUCGGAGAGACGCACAUCCUCAUACCCAGUGA